GUGAACAGAUAUAAGAUGAGUUCCUUACAAGGAAAGGUAGCCCUCGUUACAGGUGCAAGUAGCGGCAUAGGAGCUGCUAUCGCCGCUCAUUUUGCAUCGCUCGGUUGCUAUCUCGCAAUUGGAGGAAGAGAUGUCACGAAAAUGGAAGCGGUUUCCAAAGAGUGUGAGAAAAACGGAUUGUCAAAAGACAAGAUAUUGUGUGUACCUGGUGAUAUCACUAUAGACGAAGUUUGUGUUAACAUUGUUGAAUCCACUGUGAAACACUUUGGACACCUCGAUAUUCUGGUUAACAACGCAGGGGGUGGCUUCUAUAGAGAGACGAUUGAAACAGUAUCGAUGGAGAGGUUUGACCAUUCUUUCAACCUCAACGUGAGGGCGCUGUUCCAUUUAUCAAAAUUAGCCGUUCCCCACCUGAUAAAGACCAAAGGUAAUAUUGUAAACGUAUCAAGUAUGACAAGCUUGUCAGUGUUUCCAGGCGGUUUACUGUGCUACAGCGUGGCUAAGUCUGCCGUAGACCAUUUCACAAAGUUUCUUGCAGUCGAACUGGGCUCAAAACAAGUACGCGUGAAUGCCAUAAAUCCCGGGGUGAUAGAUACAGACUGUCAUAAAAAAGCAGGACUGAAUGACGAAGAAUAUGACCGGUUGAUGGAAGCAGCCAAGGAUGAACACGUGUUUCGGCGGUGUGGUACAGCAGGAGAAUGUGCUAAGCUGACAGCUUUCCUGGCAUCCGAUGACGCGGCCUUCAUCACUGGGGCCAUUGUACCGAUAGAUGGCGGUUUACACGCUGCAGGAUCAUACACAUUUAAGAGCUGA